AUGAUGGUGAACGAAUGUGGACAUCCGCUUUGCAAGAAUUGUGUCGAGAACCUUUUCUCGCGUAAUGCGGGUCCUUGUCAUGUGUGCGGUAAAACACUGCGACGAAAUAAUUUUUGGGAACAGAUCUAUAAUCUGAAGAAAGAAGACUUUCCCACAUUACGAGAAUUCAACGACUAUUUGGAAAGGUUCGAGUGCCUUGUAUGUAAUCUUGCCUAUGGAAUCGAUGUUGAAGAAACGGAAGCAGAAAUUGCAGCUUUCAAAGAGAAAAAUGCCGAAUUAAUAGAAAGGAACAAAAAGAAAUUGGAUGAAGAUCAAAUAUGGAUUAUGCAGAACCUCAAGGAAGAUAGAGAAAUGAAAAAUCGUGUCGAUCAGGCCCACAAUCAGGAAAAUAAAGAAGUUGAAAGAUCAGCUGUGACAGAUACAAAAGCCAUAAUGGAAGAGUUACGUGAAUCAAAUGUUCCUGCCGAAGUUAUUUUGGAUCGAGAAAGGAAGCGUCAAAUAGAACAGGAGCUCGAAGAAAAGGAGGAAGCGGCAAGACGAAAGAAGCGGAACAAAGAAAUUCUGCAAGAUCGAAAACGUAUGGCCGAAUCGAUGUCGUUCUCUACUUCCCAACGUAUGUCGGGACGAGCAUUUGAGUACAAACCACCACGUUUACUCAUAAAUGGGCCCCCACUUCCUAAUAAAGAUGAACUCGAAGCGAAAGGCUACCUACAGCAUAUCCGUGCUGCUAGUAUGGUAAGAGCUCUUCUCUUCUUCAAAGCAAGGCGCGUGUGGCCGGAGGGUUCACAACACAUACCGGUUGUCUACGGGCACUUUUCGAAAGUCGCGUUGAUCUUCUUAGUUUCUGAAGUUUUGGCUUUCAUGUUUCUAGGCAUGACUGAACCAAUAGAUUUAUCGCUUGCUUAUCAGCACAUAUCCAUCUUCUACAGUGGAAUAAACAAUGAGGAAUCGUCAAAAUGGCUGAACAGUAUGCAAAGCUCUGAUAAAAAGUCUGUUCUUCAGGUGCAAGCAUGGACUCUUUGCGACCGAAUAUUGUGCGAACGACGGGAUCCUUUGGCAUGUUGUUUUGCAGCUCAGACACUUCGCCAGAAAAUAAUGAAGUCUCUCAGUGAAUUGCCCAAGGAUGCAUAUCUUUCACUUCGAGAAUCCUUAAUAUCACACCUGAGUCAUAUUGAUGUGUCGUGUCAUGAUCAAGUAACAGAUGCAACCGCUACCCAGCUAUGCCUCGCCGUAGCCGAUUUAUACAUUCAAGUUCCUGAAUGGAAGAACUGGGUCAAUGAAUUACUCCAACGGUUUUCUGCUUUGGAAGGAGACAGAACUCGUAUGUUGCUGACAUUGUUGCGAGUUUUCUCAGAGGAGGUUCAAUAUAGCAAAGUUGGAGAGAAUCGUCGAAACGAAAUUCGUGGUGAACUCGCAGAAAGUGGGGCCAGUGUCAUAGCGUACUUGUCACAAGUUCUCCAAGGUUACACUGCUGAUCAUGACAUGAUAAAGAAGAUUCUGUUAUGUCUCUCUGCGUACCUGCAGAAUCCUGCUCUUUCUACAGACCAGUUUGCCUCCAGUCCCCUUCUUAACAACGUUUUCCAAAUACUUGCAGCUCCGAACGCACCGAAUUUCCUACACGAUGCAGCUACAGAAUGUGCAGUCUCAGCUCUUGUUCGUGCUGAGGACCACCACUCUCACGAAAACCUGGCUAGGAGUCUCCAGGCAGCUGUAUAUCAAUUACAUGGUGCUUUUAAUCAGGCGGUAGCCAUGGAAGACAUGGAUAAACUACAAAAUUUUGCUCGCAUCUUUGUCGAACUAGCUGAGUCAUUAUUGGAGAAGAUUGUCAAUGAAGGCAGCGAUGAUCCGAACAGCAUGGGAAGCAUUUAUACUCUCGAGCUUCUUCUUCUAUUGGCAGGCCAUCAUGACUACUCGUUGAUUGAAAUGACAUUCAAUAUAUGGUAUCGAAUUUCGGAGGGACUGUUCAGUUUCGAGGAUGAUCAACAUAUAGAAAAGUUCAAGCCCUACGUCGAAAGGUACUUGACUGCCCUUUACCGACACUGUCGUUAUGAUACUGAAGAAGAAGGAAUUCCAGACCGUGACGGUGACUUUGCCGACUUCAGACUUAAGGUGGUGGAAACAGUUCGUGACGUUGUCUUCGUUGUCGGGACAGAAGCAUGUGUCAAAAGUAUGCACGCAAUGCUUAUGAACUGCAGUCAAACCGGUGGUACAUGGGAUGAAACAGAAGCUGCUCUUUUUAUCAUUUCCACUGUUAUCGGAAAUAUCAUACCCGAAGAGAAUGUUGUGGUUCCUGAAUUGAUAACUGCAAUACUUGGCCUUCCACCAACUUCCCAUCCCGCUCUGUUACUAACAUCGGUGGACCUCGUUGGUUGUGCGAAUGAGUGGUUGAGCAAGAAUCCCUCAUUCUUAGGAAAAGCGGUCGAGUGGCUUCUCCAUCUUGCGGUGACACCGGCAUUUGCCGCUCCGGCAGCGGAGGCGAUAGACAAAAUCGUGGUGCGCUCGUCGUCGGAGCUAACCCAUUUAAUACCACUCCUGGUACAGCUUGUUCCUCAUCUGGAAUCUUCACAGAGUCAGGGCAAGAAAAUGGAAGCAGCUAUCUCCAGUUGUUUGAAAGCCUGCACAAUACUCAUAAUGAACCUUCCUGAAGACGGUAUCCGUCUCCGCCUGGGAGAGAUGUGCCAGCCAAUAAUUCAGCGGUUACAUAUGGUUUUAUCCUCAACGCCUGUAAUCUCGAUGAAUAAUGAAAAUGAAAGGGCUGCUGAUUCGUGGGCUCGAAUUGCUGGCGAACCUGUUCUUUGGAUUGACCGUAUAGCAACAAUUUUCCGAGAAGUUCGACCGUGGAAUGGUGGCGGCAUGGUAAGGACUCGUUAUUCAAUGCUUUCGCUUUUGCCUUUGACAUUCGCAAUUACCUUGAUGAUUUUUUGA